GCAGGUACGGUUGUGAAGAGGUGACGUGAAGGUCGCAACGCAGCCGGAAAGAUAGAGAGUUCUCUGAGAGAGAGAGAGAGAGAAAGAAGGAGAACGCCUUUCCAGCUCUCUCCGUUUUGCUCUGAAUUCUAGGAAUGGAGGAGAGUAGCUGCGUAGCGUGCCUUCAGCAGCGUAUUACCGUGUGUACAGGCUCUGUUAGGACGCCAGUAGGAACCAAGAGGAGCCCGUCUACUAUGCACGGAUCGAGUAGACUAACGAGGAUUUAUUGGAGUGCAUUAGCCGCUUGGAUAAUAUUGGUUUGCUGCCUUCAGCAGGCACUAGCAGGCAAGAUUCCCAAUAGGGACUGGACGCUGCCGUCGCUAUCUGCAAACGCUGUAGGGAGCUCCGAGUACAGAGAUGGCUUGAGAACCCUCGCCGUUCUGAUAGACCGCGGCAGCUUGCGUGCGUCGGUUUUGAAGCGAGUCUCGGACAGCAUUGACGGAUUCCUACAUGGGCACGCACCGUCCGAUGCGCCGCCCGGCCAUAUGAGUGUGGCACCGUCGGCAGAAGGCCGUCAAAAGGCAUUCAACCGAUUCAUGCUGCUGCCGUUCAGCCAUUCAGGUGUGGGCUUGGCGGUGGACACAAAGGAAGAUGGAGAACUCUUGUCCGCUGUCGCAAGUCUCAAGCCCUUGCAUCGCGACAACGACCGCUGUGAAACGUUCUCGCUGCGAGCACUGUGGAAUGCCGUGGCCAGUUCGCCAGUGGCGAACAACUCCGUCAUCCUUGUCAUUACGGAUAGCCAGCCGAUGGAUCAGGUGGCUGGUCAAAUAGUACUGGAGAAAGUCCUCCAGAAGCGAGUCAUGAUCAACUUCAUCAUAGCCGGCCACUGCACAAUGCUGGCAGGCUGGCGACUUCACCCGAUCUACUACCGCCUGGCCGAGGCCACCGGAGGACAGAUGAUGGUGACACAGCGUCAGGGCCAGGCGGCACACAUCAUGACGAGUCUGCUCUAUUCCCUGGCCAGAAUGCCUGUUCACCUGUUUCGGCAGGAGUUGAUAGCAAGCGAUCAGUCGUCGGAGCAAUCGCUGCUGAUACCGUUUGACAUGGCCACGGCCAACAUCAGCAUUGUCAUCAUGUGCUCUGAACCACUCAUUGCACCAAGAAUAUCGGUUACCGACAGCCAAACCGGUCGUCCCGUGGCGGCCCGGACGAUCAGGACGGCGAACGGCGCCAUCCUCUCGCUCACGGGAUCGUUCGACUCCGACCUGCUGAGCGUGUCGGUCGACCUCGGCCAGGCCAACGACGUGUGCUCUCUGAGUGUCCUGGGUACCAGUCAUCUACACGUGGACUACAGGUUCCGAUUCGGCGACGAUAAGCCAGAGCUACUGGUGCUGGAAAGCAAGGCAGUUGAGAUAGCAUCCGGCAACAAGAUAACCAUCGUGUCGCGCACCGACUCAAGUUUCCAGAUCGAUCAUUUCGAUAUCGUGUCCGUGGACGGCCGACAGCUGGACACCCAGGCGACGAUGGUCGACGAUGGGUUGUCAGCCGGUGCCGGUGCUCGUGAGCAGAUCUCGUUCCCUCUGUCGUUGCCGCCGCUGCAGAGCGCUCCGUUCCGACUGCGCUUCCGCGGCAAGACCAGCGAUGGCAUCGAAGUGCAGCGAGUGACUAGCCAGCUUUUCCUGGCUGAGCCAACAAUGACUAUCAAUGCCAGCAUGAACACUCCGGGAACUCCAACCGUGGACCGACUUCUGCCCACGUCCAAGGUGCUACGCUUGGCUGGUGAUACGGUUGCCCUCACGUGCCCCGUGGUGGGAGCAAAUGGUGUAACCUGGUCUCGGCAGGGCAGCAGUGAGGGCCCGAUAACAGCUACAACCGGUCGAGUACGCAUCGCUGGUGAUCGUCUGAUCAUCACAGACAGUGUCAUCAUGGACACAGCUAUAUUCAUAUGCCAGAGUGCGGGUCAGGUGCAGAGAAUUCUCAUGACCAUAUAUGACCCGCCACGUAUUCUUCCGCCCACGCAGCUGAUCAGACGUUUUGGCAACUGUCUGGAACUGGAAUGUGUGGCGGCCGGGGAUCCAAGACCUAAAGUCCAGUGGUAUCUCAACGAAACAAGCCUUCAGAUUGACAACAUCAUCACGAAAAUGACUCACACCGGCUCUCUGCAACUGUGUGGAAUGAGUGAGAUCUACGUUGGUACCUACACCUGUCGUACAACUAUACCUGCACUGGGAUCAAGGUCAAUUGUUCUAUCUGCUCAAAUUAUACGCGAAAUCGUGGACGACAUCCUCCGUGAGUUUGAGGACAAGGAGGACAACAACGAAGGAGGGACUUUCCCCACCGGCUUACCGCUCUCCCCGUCACCAGGCAACGGUGGCGGUGGGCAUGGUAUGGACGUACCCCUCUUCUCCGUCUUGUCCGGUUCCGUCAGCGUGGUGGAGCGGUGCGUGCAGAUCCGAUGCGAGUCACUGGACCGUGACGAGGACUGUGUUACGAUCUGGCUGAAGAAAGGCGUUCCCGUGUCGACUCUGCCACGAGCAACGGUGUUCAGCAAUGGCACCAUGCAGGUGUGCAAUCCUACGUCCGUACACACCGGAGACUACACAUGUCUGUUGGCCAACAGUCAGCAUAUCGCCACCAAGACCGUCACUGUCAAUAUGCAAGUCCUGCUCAGCUCCGGCAUGUUCGGCGUCCAGAGCCAAGCCAAAGCCGAGAUUGCCGAACGUAUGAUGACGACGACGACAACGUCGAGUCCAUUUCCGGACGCCGGCGAAAAGAUGGAACUGCUGAAGAAGCUGCUCGAUGGGGACACGGGAAAAUCCCCUCCUGAGGGAAGCAAUGAACCACCAUCACGGGAAACAUUCGCAGCCAAAGUCAACAUCAUCGAGGAAAAGGGUCCACCAAGUUCACUGACUGCCAGCAAAGGUGAACAGAUAUCGGCGCUGUACCUGAAAAAUCGACUAGAUCUCACGCUCCUGGACAAGGACGGGCCGAACGGAAAGGGCACGGAUGAUAAACUCAUCCCCGUUCAGCCGCAGAACGCUGAAGACAAGAAUGUGCAUUUGAAGAUUGUGUCGGAGACGUCAAAACCGCCAAUGCCACACUACCCGAUGCCACUACCUUCGCAGGCGUCCGGCAGCAACAUAGGCUUCGAGUCCAGCGCCGUGGACACCAUCCUUGAAGGACUUCACUCGGACAAGAACAAACAGCCAGUGGCUGCGAUCAAGGCCGAAAAUACGAAGACCAGUGAGCACAUGCCCGAAGCCAGUGAGAUUGGAUUUCGUCGACCAAGCGGCAUCUCCCCAGCUCGCAUUUCCAGCGCGUUCAUUUCAAUCUCGGUGCACGACGAUUGCCUUGAGCUGGCAUGUCCGUACACGGGCCAGCCAAGUGCGCAGUUGCUAUGGUUCCUCAACGACCGGCGAGUGCACUCAUCUCGUCGCGGCGUGUCCGUGAAGGGCGACACGCUGACGAUAUGCGAGCGCUCGCGCCUGCGUGGCUCGGCCGACGUCAUAUGCCGCGUACAGAACGUGCUCGGGGUGGACACUCGCCAGGCCAUCGUUGACCUGAGUGUGAUCCUGAAGCCUGAACCACCAAUCACUACACCACCACCACCACCACCACCACCAUCACGAGGGGAACCCCCUAAAAUCACGGGUCCCCUGAUCGUGCGCACAAAGAACUCGUCGUGCAUAAGCAUCCAGUGCCCCGCCCGCAGCCAGCACAGCCUGCAGAUACAGUGGACCUAUCACAUGGAGAGCAUCACGCAGGGGAAAUCCCCCACCGGGCUCGAGGUCGACAAGGACGGCGACCUGGUGGCGUGCCUGGCACAGGAUCGCCUUGGCAACCGGGACGUGCUCUGCCGCGCUAGCAACGAGUUUGGCUUCGUUGUGCAGGUGCAGAAAGUCAACAUGCUAGCUUUCUUGAAGGCACUGAUUACAGAGAUGCCACGGCCCACUGUUCCCGCCGCCACGAAAUCACCGCAGCCCGAAUCCACAACAGCCAUGCCGAGCACGGAGGUCACGUUGCCUGGCAACGGCAGAGUGCUCCCGCCGCGUAUCCUUGACGCAACCCAGCCGGUGCUGGUGCAGAACGGAUGCAUACUGGUGUUGUGCGUGGCGUACGGCACACCACUGCCCAAGCUGGUGUGGAGUUUCAACGGCCGCACCAUCAUGCCGCGACAGCCACGCGAAAGUGACUUCCAAAUCCGAACGGACGGAUCUCUCCAGGUCUGUAACCUGGAUGCUGGAAAACACAGUGGGCAGUACAAGUGUACAGCUAGCAAUCAGGCUGGUAUCGCCGCCAGCAAUAACUAUAUCAAUGUGCAAACGUACUUGAAACUAAUAGAAGACAACAAGACUUGCUCGCCAGCGAAGCAGCCUACAAAGACAACUCCCGAAGGUCAUCGACAGGAGGUAGCUGCCCUAAGAGCCCAGGUUGUGAGCAUGAGCCAGCUAGUUGCAAACGCCGACAAACAGAGACGACAGGCUGUGGACAGCGAACGAGUAUGCCAGCAGACUCUGGAUGACCUGCGGCGAAUCGUCACUAAAGACUGACCGGGUCUCGGCGACCUUCCUUUGUGGGCCAACCCAAUCCCCUCACACUUCACUGUGUGUUCCCCACUGCCGACGUUCCCCAAUACCCAAGUCGGUAUUUUUUUAGUAUAAAUUAUAAGUUUAUUAUGCCUAUGUGAUGUGCAAGUUUAUACUGGUAAAGGCAAACUAUUUUUCUUGCGAACAAAUUACCUCAAUUUUGCAAAUAUAUCCCUAUCUAUAUUGUGUCCCUAUCUAUAUCAAUGUAACACAAAAUGAAUAUUUUUUAUUUUUUUUACGAUGCACAUAUUAUCGAAAUUUGAAAAUAUAUUUUGGAAAUUUGCGUGUCGAAAUUCUGAAUAAUUAUACCAAGAAAUUGAAGUGUUCUUUAGUCGGAGUGUG